UCGGUGGAAGGGGACCCGCUAGAAGUCUUCCCUCUAAUAUCUUGCUCUCCUAGUUACUUGGUGUGGGCCCUCUGCAGGAGCAGAAGAAGAAGAAGAAGAAGAAGAAGAAGAAGAAGAAGAAGAAGAGCGAUGUCCUGAAACAGGAAACCGUUUGAAAAAAAAAUCCCUUUUUCUAAAGUGAAACUUGUUGCGUUUUUUUCUGAUGGAAAUCAGCACAAUCAGUGAGUUUGGACCAUCUCAAGAGGCUUCGCGUAAACAAAAAGGAGGCGGGAAAAUGACCUAAUCAGCGCCAGGCGUGACCGACGACCUGGUGCAAAUGUGUUGAUGGUGAUCAUUUCCCCAGUUUUGCCCAGGAGGAAGACGCAUGCAUCAGUGCACAUACAAGUACACCGUAUUUACAAACCCCGCCCUUCCCUUCCUGCCAUUUGCCCCGGUCCUUCAUGGAUUCCUACAGCUUACACUUUGAGAGAAUGAGCAACGUGGACCUGCAUCCUCUGAGCCUGCCCGUCAGCCGGCUUUCCCCAGCCAAGUCCAGCAGCAGCAUCGUCGACCAGCUCGCCCACCACCAACACGGCAAAGGAGACUCUGCCUACAGCUCCUUCUCCGGUGGGUCCACUGCCCCGGACUACUCCUCUCCCUUCCUGUCAGACGACCUACAAUCCAGCUCCUUCAGCCACUAUGCCGAUCUCAAGUAUGUGAAGUCCAUUUACCAUCCGACCCAGGUUCUACAGUCUGACUCGAAGACCAUGGACCAGCUGUAUCGCUCCGUCGAAGCUAUCUCACAGCAGUAUCACAACAAUUCCAGUGCAAACCACCAUAACUACAACGAGUCUUUCCACAUCAACAACAAAGCUCUCUCAAAGCAAGAGGGGCUUUCCGGGAAUCCAUCACAAAGCGCUCACGCUCUCGCCCGUCCUCCUCCGGUCCCAGCGCGCCUGGAUAGCUUCAUAGCCACUAAAAACUUGGAGAACAGCAGGGUCCACCACCAGGGUGCUGAGUCGCAUCCUCAGCAGCCUCAGCCUCAACCACCCAGAACACACAAUCGACUCCAUUCGCACACCGGUGUGACUCUGGCUUCCCCAAAACCCGAGACAGCCAACCCAGAUGCGAGCAACAACUCCCACUUUAGAUCUGAGCCGGCAUACUCCGUUUGGAGGGGCUCUCAACCGCAACUGCCACAACCCCAGCAGCCGCCCAGCUACCGACCCCCACUGCAGCCUCACGACCAGGCCAGGGGUCCGGUGAGCCCAGAAUACCUUUUCAUCACCGACAACAAGGCUGCCUCUGAGCAGCAGAAGUCAACAAACACCCUAAGCCGAUCAAGCCAGUCCGAGCACCUGAUACCUAAACAGCCCUUAAGUGGUGGUGGGUGUAAUGGAGACCAUCAUAGCAAACCCAGUGGAAGCAGUACCCAUUUUGAAAGUCAACGCAAAAGGGCCCACUCUGCUCACGACUGGCUGGUCUCGGAGCCCACCCGAGCUGCUAGCCCCUGUAAUACAGGCCAAGGUUUUAUCAGCAGCAGCAUCCAGCAUAAAGGGCAGUUCUACUUUGUCACGGGGCUGUGUAAGCUGUCUGAACACGGAGCGAGGACGCACUCUUUGUCCGUGUGCGGAUCCGGGAGGGAGAUCUCCACGGCGUUGGAAACCCAGCGACUGAGAGAAAAAGAGAGAUGCCACAGCACAAUGGAUAAUUUCUUUCGGCCGCUCCAGGCGAGCUCUCGCUCUUCCAGCGGUACGAUUACAGACGGGAGCGAGGUUUUCAGUCCUGCGUCCGUUGGGAAGGAAGUGUUCUCCAAGAGCCAGGAUCAAGAGAACCACAGACCGUCGCUCAUUUUGUCACGGGCCUCUCGAAGCCUGGAAGCCUUGGAGGAAACUGACGUGACGCAGAACCGAGAGAUGGGCCGCCACACGGCGAACAACCCGAUUUUCUACUGCCCCCCUCAACCAGCCACGCCAACGAAGGAUGUCGCUUCACUCUUCGGCAACGAACAGCAGCCCAACCACCACAACAAGAGGGACGAUCACGCGAAGACUGGCAAACGACAGCCCUUGGGAGACGUUGCGAGCGAGAGGAUUAACAAAGAAACAACACCUCUUCUCUACCACCUCACUGGAGCCAGCAGGGCGGCGUCAAAGCCGAAGAAGGAUGCAGAUUUUAGCGUAAAAGGUAGAGAAGCAGCUCUAAACAAAGCGAGCCAAGGAGACGUGGCAGUAAAUGACAACGAUGGUUCUUUACAAGGUGACAUUAGCAAGAAUGAUAGAGGGGAAGUUGCCUGCAACACCCUGGAUGACUCUUUUAAGAAGUACUACAAAGAGAAGUUGAAGGAUGCCCAAUCUAAGGUCCUGAGGGAGACGUCAUUCAAAAGGAAGGACUUGCAACUGUCGUGGCCGCAUCGGAUCAGACAGAAACCCGAGCUGAGGCCGGCAGUGAUUCACUCUUUCUCCUCAUCGCAGGACUCGGAGACUUCCACGGACACGCUCACUCCUUCCGUGGCCUCUGAGCAGACGGAGAAAGGGAGCAUAAAGGAAGAGGUCGGAGAGAACCUGGAGGAGGCGAAUGAAGAGACCGAGAAGGAAAACGGGAGGCCGGCGAACGUGGCCCAGCCCCAGGUGGCGCGAAUCGGAGGCCGGAAGAGGCUGACUGCGGAGCAGAGGAAGAUGUGCUACUCCGAACCGGAGAAACUCCACCAGCUCGGCGGCACCCCCAGCCACUCGGCUUUCCGCUCGUUCGGCAGCGAAAGCGAAAGCGCCGUCGACUGCGAGGUAGAGGAGGAGAGCGUGCAGCAAGGAGAGCAGGGACUGGUUGCAGCACGGAGGAAGAUGUUUGAGACGAGGGGUCGAGCGCUUUCGACGUCUAGCGCCACGAAGACGAACCUGAAACACCUGCAGCAUAAGGCCCUGGUGGAGUACAUGGAGCGCAAGACGGGCCAGAAAGUGGUCGAACCUCAGCAGCUAACACCUCACGUCGUGCCUCCGUCCAGGCAGAGGCACUCACUCGGGGAGAAACCGUUCGACUGGGGCGCCAGGCCUCUGUCGGGAAAUAACGAAGGUAAAAAUAUGAAGAAGAAGCUCAACAGACCCCACUCUGCAGGCCGCAUCCUUGAUUCGUCCACCAGCUCCAUCAGGUACGCCCAGUUCUUCUCAGCGCAGUCUUGCUCAGGCCAAUAUGUGAGCCAGCAGAAUCAGUCCAGACCGAGGGAGAGCCAAGGAGCAUCUCAGGGGAAGUCCGCCUCGGCCGAGAGUCUCCUGGACCAGCCAGAACCGCCGAGCUUCUUCAGGAACCGGUCCACAUCUACACCACAUGCAUUUCAGCCACAUGACUACGAGGAGGAGCCAUUACCGGUUAAUACUAUGGAAACCUGGAGUUCCCAGAAAGAUGCUGAGGAGGAGGCCUCUGUGGAUCCGGCCCCUGAGGACCAGCAGCGCAUCCGCGUGGUUGCUCAGCGGGGGAAAUCCAUGGAAGAGCUGGGGGCGUCAAAGUUACCGAAACUCUCCUACUCCCUGAGUAAAAGUUCUGAGCAGCUGGAUCAAUCGUGGAGAAAUUUGACUGAUCCAGUAAGAGAAGCCCAGGGGAAGGAGAGAGGCAGGAAUAAACAGUAUGUGUUGGAGCAAACGGAAAAAGAAGCCACUCAGGGACAGGCGCAAAACCAAACCCAGAAGAAACCCCUGUUGAAGUGGAACUCUGAACCGGGGGACGCGACGACAGGAACGACGAGUAGAUCCACCUCUCCGACCUCCUCCUCCUCGUCUCGGGCCAGGGUUCAGUCCUCCCCCGGAUACCACGGCCCGGUCACGGAGGAGUUCAGGUCCAGCAGACCACCGAGCGAGACUUCUUCCAACCCGUCGUCCCCCAGAGGUCUAGAGAUCAGCGAGAGUGAACUCAAACCCGCCUCGUCCUCCCCCGUCCAGACAAAGCUGCCUUGUGAAAGCAGGCCCAGCUCCAGAGUCAGAGGUUCUUCUUCCGUUGCCGGAACGGAGCGGGAGCAGUCGGUGGACGAACCGAGCGACGACGCCCUGCCAGAUUCAAACCACGAGGUGUCUCUGAGCUGCGGCGUCACCACGGAUCCCUCACUGUGGAUCCUCCCACCAGAAGAAGAGCUCAAGGAGGACGUCCCGACUUCACCGCUGGUCGACAACGUUUUCGACGAGUGCUCCAGCUCGGUCCCUCCGAAGCAGGCGAUCGAAACCUCCGCGUCUCCCUGCGCGUCCGUCUCGGAAGCAGACGUCGGUCAGCAAGCGGAAGAGGAGGCGGAUGACCGGGAAGCGGGAAGCGAGAAGGUGGGAGAAAAACCCCAGGAGGUGGAGGAGAGGGGAACGCCGGAGGGGGAGACUGAGAGCCCGGAGAAGCCAUCAGAUGACAGACCUCAUUGGGAGGAGCUCGUAGAAGCGGUGGUUGAAGCUGACCAGUCGCUGGCCAGAGUGCUGUACCCGCUGGCCAAUCGCAAGACGGCGCUGAUGCUGAUGGAGCAGCUGCUGUCGGAGGACACGCUGCUCAUGGAGGAGCACUACAAGAAGAAACAGGAGCAGAAAGGAGCUGCAGAAAGCGGUGGUGAAACGGUUGAAGGGUCUGAACCAGCUCCUUGUCCAUCUGCCUCUGACAGCCAGAAACCUCAGAGCACAGACCUGCAAAGUAAAGCUGACAUCACAGAGAAGAAGCGUUUGUUGGUGUCCUACGUCGAGGAGCGUCUGCGUUCGCUGGAGACGACGCGCGGCGCCCUCCAGACGGAGGUGCAGGAGAACGUGACCCGCGGGGCGGCGCUGGAGGUGCUGGUCGGUGAGCGCUGUCAGCCCAUGGAGCUGGAGAGGUACAACCUGUUCAUUGGGGACCUGGAGAGGGUGGUCAGCCUUCUGCUGUGCCUCUCUGCUCGGCUGGCCCGGGUCCAGAACGCCCUGAGCACCGUGGACCAGGACACGGACGCUGAGGAGAAGCAAUCUCUGGACAGUCGCCACCGUCUGCUAUGCAAACAGAGGGAGGACGCCAAAGACCUCAAGGACAACCUGGACCGCCGAGAGAACCUGGUCUCCACCUUCCUGUCGCGCCAGCUGUCCGCCGAGCAGCUGCAGGACUACCGGCGCUACGUCCAGACCAAGGCCUCGCUGCUGAUCCGGCAGAAGGACCUGGAGGAGAGGCAGAGGCUGGCGGAGGAGCAGCUGGAGGCCCUCUCCAACAGCCUCAGCCCGUGAGCUUUUCCACGAAGAUGCCUCGUGCAAAAGAAAGAGGAAAUUCCUUUGCACCCCGUCACGACGUCUGAGAGAUCACCGACAAUGCCGUGCUGCAAGUCCAAUCACAAAUACAGGCGGUACAUGCAGUGAGAAAUUGACUUUUCUGUUAAUCUACGCCGUCUGCACCUUUAGCCGCGUGCAGAGAGACUUGAUGCUGUAAAUGUUUUCAUGCGUUUGAAAAGGCUUGAGCUGUUUUUUUUUCUGUGUGCCUUGAUAUUGUGGAACAUUUCCGAUCAGAGAGCUGCUGUGCAGAAACUUUACGUUCCCUCUCCGCCUCCGUUAGCAUCCCAGACGCUGUCCUUCGCUCUUCAUCAUGGAGAUGAUCGUCCUACAGCCCCGUAACUGCACCUGUGGAAACCUACUAUAAGCUUUAAGAUUGUAUUUUAAGCAGCGGGACGGCCUGAGAGACGGUGUUGUACUGUAUCAUGUUAGUAAAAUGUAAAAAAAUAGACGUAGUAGAUUUAAUCUUUUUUUUUUUUUUGCAAAUGUUCUUAUUUUUAAAUAUGUUUCAAAUUAAGGCACUAAAAACCAAAAAAGGUGAAUGAAAAAAAAGCACUUUGUAAAAAAAAUACAUAAAUGCACAUUUCUUCAAAUCAGAUUUAAAGUAAUUUCAAGAGAAAGAAGCCUUACGUACUCCAUCCACUGACACACGUUUCUCCUUCGUCCAUUUGAAGUAGGAAAGCUGAAUGAUCUUUUUUUUGAAGAAGAAGAAGAAGAAGGUACACAAGCACACCCAACAACUUUAAACGUACUUAGACACUGAAUAUUUUACCCCCUUUUUUAUCCAGAAGUGAUACUUGAAAUGCUUUUAUAUAUAAGAGCAACGUCCACAAUCUUCACUUCAGGUGUCUUAAACUAAUCUUUUAUUCUCUACCUCCCUCUCAGACAAACAGAACCCUGCAGGAUUAUUCACAUUUACAUCAUAAUAAUUAUAAUAAUAAUGAUAAAAAACACACACUCCCCCACAGUUUAAAAACAAAUGCUUUUAUGUUAUUAUUCAUCACUAGUUUUUAUGGUCGUAUUCAUUUUUCUUCAGUUCAGCCAGAGACAUGAGAUGUGUUGAAGAAUAACGUGAGUUGUGAGUGAUCAUCAGUGUCUUUAUCGUGUGUGUGUGUGUUGAGGUUAGAACAGAAAAACAGUGAAGUCAUGAAAUGAUCAAAAUCUAAAUUUUAUUAAAAUUCUACAACAUGUGCUACAAUAAAAACUGUUUUUUUUCCUCAGACUUUAGAAAACACACCUUUAAAUAUAUGUUUUUUGUUUUGUUUUGUUUGUUUUUUUUUUGUUGUUUUUUUGUGAGCGCUUUCUACACCUCCACCCCGAGCCCCGAAACAUUUCUCUGGAGAUUUGUGUCCGUUUCCACUGGGCUAAACAAACGUGUUCCUGUUUGGGUCUUUGCGCUGACGCAGGGCUGAAGCUUUAGAAAAGACCCUCGUGUUGUUCUCUCAGCUGGAAUUCCUCGAGUGUGCGGAAGAAAGACCAACAAACAAUAAGCGGCGCGUGGAUAAAUACUCGUUCUAGCUCUUCCUCACACAAACAAACUGUUUGGCGACUUCCCGAGUCCUUUCUUGUGUUUCUCCCCUUUGAGUCGAAGCUUUGUCGAAGCCGCAGGAAAAGGUGGAGAUGUGUGAUACUGAAGUUGCCAAGAAGGAGACACUUCAGUGAGUUCCAGGCGACGGUGAUGACAGCAGAGACAUUUCUAAGUCCUUUUUAUUUUAUUUUAUUUUAUUUUUUUCUUGCUGUCCUGUUUUCUGUUGGGAGUUGUUGCUUUGUGCCUGUUUGGAGUUUUAAAUUCCUCGAUGUUUGUAAUAUUGUGAAUAAAUUAAGCUCUCCUUCA